CGAUGAGGCCGUAAAGCAGCUUCUUCACGACAGCCAAGCCGGUGAAUGGUUCCUGUGCAGCCAAGGGGGAGAGGCGAGCUGGGGGGUGAGGGAGUGUGCAGCGGCGGCUCCUUGUCGCGGGUCCUCAGCUGAGCUGCACCGCUGUUCCCUCCUACCGCCCGGCAGGGAAGAGACAUGGAUCCCAACAGGAUCAUCCAGGCGCUCAAGGGCACCAUCGACCCCAAGUUGCGCCUCGCGGCCGAGAAUGAGCUCAACCAGUCCUACAAGAUCAUCAAUUUUGCUCCUAGUCUGCUACAAAUAAUUGUCUCUGAUCAAGUGGAAUUCCCAGUCCGACAGGCAGCUGCUAUUUACCUGAAGAACAUGGUGACACAAUACUGGCCAGAUAGGGAGCCACCGCCUGGAGAAGUGGUAUUUCCAUUCAACAUUCAUGAAAAUGAUCGCCAACAGAUCCGGGAUAACAUUGUCGAAGGAAUUAUUCGCUCUCCAGACUUAGUGAGGGCUCAGCUGACAAUGUGUCUUCGUGCUAUCAUAAAGCAUGAUUUCCCAGGUCACUGGACAGCAGUGGUGGACAAGAUAGGCUACUACUUGCAAUCUCCAAAUAGUGGGAGCUGGCUUGGAAGUCUGUUAUGCCUGUACCAGCUAGUGAAGACCUAUGAAUACAAGAAAGCCGAGGAGCGUGAUCCCCUCAUUGCUGCAAUGCAGAUAUUCUUGCCUCGAAUUCAGCAGCAGAUGAUCCAUCUCCAUCCCGACAACUCACAUUACUCAGUUCUCCUACAGAAGCAAAUCUUAAAAAUUUUCUAUGCACUUGUUCAGUAUGUGCUGCCACUUCAGCUGGUGAAUAAUCAAACUAUGACUGACUGGAUGGAGAUUUUCCGGAUGGUCAUAGACAGAAGCGUGCCACCUGAGACACUGCAGAUUGAUGAAGAUGAUAGGCCAGAGUUGGUGUGGUGGAAAUGUAAGAAGUGGGCUUUGCGGAUUGUUGCUCGCCUUUUUGAAAGGUACGGUAGCCCUGGGAAUGUAACAAAAGAAUAUUUUGAAUUUUCUGAGUUCUUCUUGAAAACGUAUGCUGUGGGAAUCCAACAGGUGCUCCUAAAAAUCUUGGACCAAUACAGGCAGAAUGACUAUGUUGCUCCACGAGUCCUUCAGCAGACAUUAAAUUAUCUGAACCAAGGGGUCCAUCACUGUAUAACAUGGAAGCAAAUGAAACCACAUAUGCAGACUUUGUGUGAAGAAGUGAUCUUCUCCCUGAUGUGUUAUAAAGAUGAGGAUGAAGAGCUAUGGCAGGAGGAUCCCUAUGAGUACAUCCGCAUGAAAUUUGAUGUGUUUGAGGAUUAUGCAUCCCCUACAACAGCAGCCCAGAUUCUUCUGUAUACUGCAGCAAAAAAACGAAAAGAGGUGUUACCAAAAAUGAUGACAUUUUGCUAUCAGAUCCUCACUGAGCCCAACAUUGAUCCCAGGAAGAAAGAUGGGGCAUUGCACGUGAUAGGAUCUCUAGCAGAUAUUUUGCUGAAGAAGAGUGUAUUCAAGGAUCAAAUGGAGCUGAUGCUACAGAAUCACGUCUUUCCAUUGUUCAUGUCGAACCUGGGGUAUUUGAGAGCAAGAUCCUGUUGGACGCUUCAUUCAUUCAGCACCUUGAAAUUCCACAAUGAACUUAAUCUAAGGAAUGCAGUUGAACUAACAAAGAAGAGUCUGAUUGAUGACAAAGAAAUGCCAGUAAAAGUAGAAGCUGCCAUAGCACUUCAGUCCUUAAUAAGUCAUCAGGAACAAGCAAAGGAAUACGUUAAGCCCUACAUCAGGCCUGUUAUGCAGGAGCUGCUGCGUGUUGUUCGGGAAACUGAGAAUGAUGAUCUCACCAAUGUAAUCCAGAAGCUGAUUUGUGAAUACAGCCAGGAAGUAGCAACAAUUGCGGUUGAGAUGACACAGCACCUGGCAGAAAUAUUUGGCAAAGUUCUGCAGAGUGAAGAAUAUGAAGAAAUGGAGGAUAAAACUGUUAUGGCCAUGGGAAUCCUGCACACCAUUGACACAAUCCUGACUGUUGUGCAAGACCACAAGGAGAUAACUCAACAGUUGGAGAGCAUUUGCUUGCAGAUUAUCGGUCUCGUUUUGCAAAAGCAUGUGAUAGAGUUCUACGAAGAAAUCCUCUCUCUGGCAUACAGCUUGACAUGCCAUCUUAUUUCACCACAAAUGUGGCAGCUUUUGGGUGUCCUAUAUGAAGUGUUUCAGCAGGAUUGCUUUGAGUACUUUGCAGAUAUGAUGCCUCUCUUGCACAACUAUGUCACUGUCGAUACCACUACUUUAUUGUCGAAUCCCAAAAAUUUAGAGAUUAUUUACACUAUGUGUAAAAAGGUAUUAACAGGAGAUGCAGGGGAAGAUGCUGAAUGCCAUGCAGCCAAGCUCUUGGAGGUUAUUAUUCUACAGUGCAAAGGGAGGGGUAUUGACCAGUGCAUCCCACUCUUUGUGGAAGCAGUUCUAGAGCGCUUGACACGAGGGGUUAAAACCAGCGAGCUUCGCACCAUGUGUCUCCAGGUUGCCAUUGCUGCACUUUACUACAAUCCUGAACUUCUCUUGCAUACUCUAGAGAACAUCCGAUUCCCUCACAACCCAGAGCCCAUCACUGCACAGUUCAUAAACCAGUGGAUGAAUGAUACGGAUUGUUUUCUUGGCCUACAUGACAGGAAGAUGUGCAUCAUUGGACUCAGCAUCCUGAUGGGGCUGCCAAACCGACCUCCCGCAGUCGAUGCAGUGGCUGCGCAGAUUGUUCCUUCGGUGCUCCUUCUCUUCCUGGGCCUCAAGCAAGUGUGUGCCCCCCGGCAGCACACCGAGCAUGACGAGCAGGCCAAAGUGGAAAAGAAUGAUGUGGAAGAUAAUGAAGAGAUUCCAAGUGAUGAAGAAGAAGUACAUGAAGUAAGCCAGGAAAUGCAGGAGAACCAUGCAGGUGGAGGCGGUGAUGCAGAUGAAGAUGACGAUGACGACGAUGACUGGGAUGAUGAUGCAUUGGAAGAAACUGCUUUAGAAAGCUUUAGCACUCCAAUUGACCUGGAAGAUGGCGUGGACGAGUAUCAGUUCUUUACACAGGCACUGUUAGCUGUGCAGAGCCGAGAUGCAGCUUGGUACCACUUAUUGAUGGCCCCACUUAGCAACGAUCAGAAGACACAGUUGCAUGAAAUCUGUGCCUUAGCCGAACACCGGAGGAAUUCUGCAGAAUCAAAGAGGAUAGAACAGACAGAUUUCACAUUUAAUAUCAAAGGACUGGUCUCUGGAUUUAACUUUGGCAAUGCUCCAGGAAGCAACUGAAGGAGAAAAACACUUAAAGGACUGUGUAGAAUCUUUCAUUAUUGCAUUUUAUUAAAACAAAGAGAUAAUUUGUGACUUGUGAAUGGGCAAGGAAAGGUAAUUGAAUGCUCUGGAAGAUUCCUUCUGGGAAAAAGCAGUGGUUGACCCUCUUCCCCCUCAUUAGGACACUCUUUCUAACCAGCUGCUGUAAUGUAUAAAUUCUUGUGGUAUUUUUAUAAGUUGUUGGACUGAAAAGAAAGUACCUGUUCCCAACUCCUCCUGCCGAGGAAACAGGGAACCAGCCAUGUGAAACUGGAUGGAGUUGCACUUCUCAGGUCUUUGCCAUGUGAAAUUGAAGGGGUCCUAUGGAUAACAGUGCCUUCUGUUGUAUAUGGAUAGCCUGAACAAAAGAUUUUUGGGGUGCAUUAUAAUACUAAUUUUUUUUUUAAGAAAGGAAGGAUGGACAUUUAUAGGCACACUUCUAAUCUUGUAUUCCAUGUUCUUCCGUUGUCUCCCUCCAGUGAAGUUGUGGCUGUAUUUUAUCAGUCACAAGUCUCACAGCAUUGGCUACACAACCCUUUCAGCUUCCCUGCAGUUGUAUGCAUUCAGGGUGAUGUCUCCCUGAGCUAUAAUACCCCUGUGUCCGCAUCUGCACUUAGAAAACAGAUCUUCCUGUGUACAAUGAAUCUGAAUCCCCUUUCCUUAGGAGAGCUGAGCCUUUGUGAAUAUUGCAGAAUUCGGGGACUUUCUACUUGAGAAAACUCUUUCUCUAGCUUGCCUUGCCUACCAUGGAACCAGUUGGGCACUGAAGGGCAUACUUUGGGGUGUGCACCCAGACUGCUUGAGGCAGUGGCUGUGCCCAGAAGGCCUUGCUUUCAUCCUAGAGCUUGCCCAGUGCAGUCUUGCAGUUGCACUUUUGGGAUGAGAUCAUUGUGCUGGCCAGUACAUCUUUCAGGGAGGCUUGUCAGCCACUUAUUGAUCUCCUAAGGAAGCGGAAUAGUUCCAUAACCAGUACUUAAAUGGAAGUAGUGGCAUUGUGAGUCUUCAGAAAACAAUUUUGUAGACAUUUCAGUGCUGCUCCUGGCCUUGAAUAUUCAAAGCUAAGCUAUGUCAGUGCUGUUGUGGAUUUCUUAAUGUACCGAUAAUUAGACAGUGGACUUAAGUAGUCAUCAGCUUUAUAUUUUUGCCUCUCUUGAACUCCUUUCUCUUGCAUUGAAUACAUAUCAUUCUUCCAGCCAUGCUGGUGAUAGAAACUUAAAUUUUAAAUACCAGCUUUUAUUGGCGCCAUCCUUUCACUGUAUCCAGUGACUGGGUGAUCAUUUUAAUUUUUCUUGGUUUUAGAAGACCAAUCCCCAUUACGUUUAGGGAGACAUCAUGUGUUACUGGUUUCUGUGUGCCUGAGCAGAGCAAAGGUGAAACAAUCAAUUAAAAAAACUGGUGCAGAAUGAUGAGGCUGUGUUUUAAUGGCUAGGCUUGAAAGAAGCACAGGGUGAGUGCUUUGCUUUGCUUUCCAUUUCAGCCCAUACCUAAGGUUCUUUUCAACCAUAUGUGGCUGAAAGAAUAAGGACAAAAUCCAGUGCAUCUCUAGAGAGAAAAAUGUCCUACAGCAUCCUGAUUGGGGAAUGAUGGGAGCUAGAGGCCUUUUUCUGUUUAAACAAGUAUAGGAUUGUGUCCUAAAUUGGUUUGCCUCUCCCAAACCAUCCAUCAAAGUUAGUCUUAUGCUUAGUUUUCCAUAAAGGCCUGUUCUUGUGGCUUGGCUUUCUGCAAUGGAGCACACAAGAGCAUUGGAGUUCUUUCCCCAAUUUUAAGUGAUAAUUGUAUAAUAGUAAAUUAAAGGCUGUUUCACACAUAGUUACACAAAGGCCAGGUUGGCUUUGCCACCAGAUGUAUACCAAACUAAGAACUGCAACCAGUUGUGGCAUCUUGACAGGUGUACCUUUAAAACAGCCAUGGGUACAACCACUUGUUGGCCAACUUUAGGUGCAAUGGUAUAUAUUAAAAACAUGUUAGGUGAACUGCUAAAAAUUCUAAAUUGUCUUAGGCUAUAAGGUAUUGCCAUUUUCAUUCUACCUAGCCUCUUAGUACAAUUAACUUGUGCCUCCAUUUGAUUUUGUUUUGGUUCCUUCCUAAUCCUGCCCUUUUAUCCCAAAGAAAUUUCCUGUAAAUCCAUUUCCUUUGCCUCGCUGGAAUUUGUUGCUGUACAGUUGAUUUGAGAAAGUUCCUUGUUAGAUGUUAUGUUUGCGAGAGAGAGAGUCUGUUGCCCUUACCCUUCAGAGUAGAUGUUCAUGCAAGUACGUGCAUAGGGAAACCACAACCAAAAUAGUGCAAGAUUUUAUUAUUAUUCAAGCUGUUCUGCUUAGGGAUUAUACUUUACUUUUUCUUUUCAAACAUUCCUUUCAACUUUAUUAUCUUGCUUAAAAGAUUGACAUGUCUUCCAAGAUUGUGCCCAGAUUUGUUCAGAAAUCAAUCAGACGGUAACAAACAUGUGUACUCGUUGUCUUAUUCUGAAGACUGGGGCUUGAGCAGCUGUUAAAAGUCAGUUCUGUUAAGUCUAAAUCAUUGCGAAGCUUUUGAGUCAGCACACACAUGCAGCAGAAUCAUGUAGUGUGUUUCUUUAACGCCCCUGCCAUGAACCACUGUAGACAAUGAUUGCAUGUCUGAAUAUGGCUGGUCUGAACCUUCCCUGCAUAUUUAAAACUAGUGCAUUAGAGUGCGGUCAUGUCCCUCGUCCUAGAUUUUGAUGCGCGUGGAGGAUUUCGGGCAAGAAUCUGCAGACUGGCACUCGCUGGCAGUUUGUGGUCAUUCUGUACAGAUAGAACAGCUGCUACAGAUGGCUUCACCCCAAAAAUGCUUGUGCUGGACUUACCCAACCUGUUGCUUUCCAGGUGUUUCAGACUACAACUUGCAGAAUCCUACACCUGGCAUAGCUGACAUGGGGAUGCUGCGAGUUGUAGUCCAGCAAGGAACUGUCAGGGAUGCUCGAGUGUCUUAUUGAUGACAUGUCGCUCUUCCAGCCUAGAGUAAAUAAUUCUCUUAUUGUUUUAAAUGUUUUGGGUUAUGACAGAUGUGACGAGAGAGAGCAUUUCCUUGAUUUAAAAGCUGAAUAUGUAAAAUGAUACUUGGAAAUUCAAGGCUUGAGUGAUCGGUUCACACGUGCCUCUUUAUUCCUUGAUGACUGCUCUGACAAGUAAUGACUUGCAUGUACAAAUGGAGCCAUCACAGAUACAACACCCUAGACAGACCUUCCAUUUUGGCUCACAUCUUCUCAGACACAGUGCUUUCAUUCAGCUGAGUCAGUCGCUUAAGCAACUGCUGGUUACCAAGUGUACCAUAACUGUGCAUAGAAAAACCAGGUGUUGCACAUGCAUGCCUGAACCAGCCCUUGAAGAUGUCUGAGCACUCAGUCUGUCUCUGGACAAAUGGUGCCAACUUGUGAGCUGUGAUGACGACCAUGGACAUUCUAAGUCCUUUCAUGUGAAAUAGUUUGUAUUGUUUAAUAUACUGGAAUUGUAAACAUCUGGGUAACCCUAAUUGCUCCCUACUGUUAAAUUCCAAAUAUAUUUGUUGUUCUGAACAGAAAAUGGUUGCCAAGUUGGCAGAGCAUCUGAUUUCCCCCCUUCCUGGAGGUUGAAAGGAUUAUCACAGCUAUCGCAACAAAAUGUACACUGUAAUUAAAAGCAACCGCCUUAAAGGAGAGUACAAGAUAAAGAACCAUUUUGUGCUCAAUUUUGAAUGGGGCUUGUUUGGCUUUAGCAGAGCAUAGGUUAAAACUGUACAGGAAACCAACUGUUGAAAAUAAAGGGGCUGAAAUUGUGUGCAAGAAUUCUACCACUGAAA